AUGGCGCAACAACAGCAGGUCGCUCUGGAGCGACUUGAGCAGGCCACCAAGGGCCUUCGAUCUCGCAACGGAGACGAUGUGCGCAAACGAGCUGCCAUCCAGCUCCGUGACCUUGUGGUCGUUUGCCAUCGAGACCUUAGCCAAGAGCAGUUUCUCGCCUUCUACAACGCUGUCAAUAAUAAAAUAACUCAACUUAUCACUCAUGGCAGUGACUCUGCCGAGCGACUGGGCGGAAUCUAUGCACUUGAUGCUCUGGUCGAAUUUGACGGUGUCGAUGUUGCGGCCAAAUACACUCGAUUCACACAGAACAUCAAAACAAUUUUGCGAGGCAAAGAUAUAAAUCCGAUGAAACCGGCAGCUAUUGCCUUGGGAAAAUUAUGCCGACCCGGAGGCUCUCUCAUUUCUGAGUUAGUCGAUUCUGAAGUAAAUACCGCGUUGGAGUGGCUCCAAAACGACCGUGUGGAAGAACGUCGAUAUAGCGCUGUCCUCGUUCUCCGGGAGUUGGCCAGGAAUGCGCCAACGCUAAUGUACCAAUACAUCCCAACCAUAUUUGACUGGAUUUGGGUCGGAUUAAGAGAUCCUAGACAGCUUAUCCGAGAGACUUCAGCAGAUACAGUUGGUGCCUGUUUCCGCAUCAUCCGCGAACGAGACCAAGAGAUGAAACAGAUUUGGAUGAGCAAGAUUUACAACGAGGCUAGGCAGGGUCUUAAGGUUAACACUGUCGAGUCCAUUCAUGCCUCCCUUUUAGUUCUUAAAGAGCUUCUCGAGCAAGGAGGCAUGUACAUGCAGGAGCAUUACCAUGAGGCCUGCGAAAUCGUAUUCAAACAUAAGGACCACAGAGACCCAACCACCCGAAGAACAGUCGUGUCACUCAUUCCUGACCUGGCUAGUUACUCGCCGGCGGAUUUUGCGCACACAUGGCUGCACAAGUUUAUGGUCUAUCUGUCCGGAAUGCUCAAAAGAGACAAGGAACGAAAUGACGCCUUCUUAGCUAUUGGAAAUAUCGCCAACUCUGUCAAGAGUGCUAUUGCUCCUUACCUUGAUGGCGUCCUGAUUUACGUCAGAGAAGGCCUCAGCGUCCAGUCGCGUAAGAGAGGCUCUGUCGAUCCUGUCUUUGACUGCAUCAGUCGAUUGGCGGUUGCUGUUGGACAAACCUUGAGCAAAUACAUGGAGGCACUUCUGGACCCCAUUUUUGCUUGCGAUUUGACCCCAAAGCUCACCCAAGCACUAGUGGACAUGGCGUUCUAUAUCCCUCCGGUUAAGCCUACUAUCCAAGAGAGGCUUUUAGAUAUGCUGAGCGUCGUUCUCUGUGGCGAGCCCUUCAAGCCGCUCGGUGCGCCUCAGCCCAACACUCUGAGCUCGGUUCCUGCCAUUACCAAGGACGUCAAGGACCCCCAGGCAUACGAGAAUCGACGGUCAGAAGUCAAGUUGGCGCUUAACACGCUGGGCAGCUUUGAUUUUUCUGGACACGUAUUGAACGAAUUUGUUCGCGACGUUGCCAUCAAGUACGUGGAAGACGAAGACCCUGAGAUCCGAGAAGCUGCAGCUUUGACGUGCUGUCAGCUGUACGUACGGGAUCCGAUUGUCAACCAAACCAGUUAUCAUGCCUUACAGGUUGUCGGCGACGUAAUUGAGAAGCUACUGACCGUGGGAAUAUCGGAUCCUGAGCAUCACAUCAGACAAACAGUUCUGGCUGCCCUCGAUGAGCGAUUUGACCGCCAUCUUGCAAAAGCUGAAAACAUCAGAAUUCUGUUCUUUGCCCUAAAUGACGAAGUGUUUGCCAUUCGCGAGGUUGCUAUCUCGAUUAUCGGUCGGUUGGCACGAUUCAAUCCUGCAUAUGUCAUUCCCUCCCUGCGCAAGACUCUGAUUCAAAUGCUUACGGAGCUCGAGUUCUCGGACGUGGCGCGGAACAAGGAAGAAAGCGCCAAGCUACUGAGUCUCCUGGUGCAGAAUGCUCAGUCACUUAUUAAGCCUUAUGUUGAGCCCAUGAUAUCUGUACUUUUACCGAAAGCUAAGGACUCUAGUCCGUCAGUUGCGGCUACCAUCCUCAAAGCACUUGGAGACCUCGCGACGGUUGGCGGCGAAGAUAUGCUGCCGUACAAAGAUCGCCUGAUGCCAUUGAUCAUUGAUGCGCUUCAAGACCAGAGUUCAAAUAUUAAGCGGGAGGCCGCUCUCAACGCGCUGGGCCAGCUGGCUAGUAACUCUGGCUACGUCAUCGAGCCGUAUCUAGAAUACCCCCAGCUCUUGGAAAUUCUGCAAGGCAUCAUUCGGACAGAGGAUCAAAGAGGCCCUCUUCGGCAACAAACCAUUAAGCUCAUGGGCAUUCUGGGUGCUCUGGACCCGUAUAAACACCAGCAGGUGGAAGAACGUACGCCUGAAACCCAGCGACGAGUCGACUCGAACCAGAUGACAGACAUUUCGUUGAUGAUGACUGGGUUGACACCCUCUAACAAAGAAUAUUUCCCCACCGUGGUCAUCAAUGCACUCCUGCAAAUUCUCAAAGAUACCUCCUUGGCACAGCACCACGCGGCCGUCAUUGAGGCCAUCAUGAACAUUUUUCGCACUUUGGGGUUAGAGUGUGUUUCGUUCCUCGAUAGGAUCAUCCCGGCAUUUUUGCAAGUGAUUCGAUCAUCGGCGUCCAAUCGAUUAGAGUCUUAUUUCAAUCAGCUAGCGACUUUGGUCAGCAUUGUUCGCCAGCAUAUUAGGAACUAUCUCCCGGACAUCAUACAGAUACUCCAAGACUACUGGGACAAAUCACCAUCACUGCAGACGACAAUCCUGUCCCUCGUAGAAGCAAUCUCGCGUUCGUUGGAAGGAGAAUUUAAAGUUUAUCUAGCUGGUAUUCUGCCCAACAUGCUCGGAGUGCUCGACAAGGAUUCAUCUGCUAAGAGAGUACCUUCUGAGCGAGUCCUGCAUGCCUUCCUUGUUUUUGGUGCCAGUGCUGAAGAGUACAUGCACCUGAUAAUCCCGGUUAUUGUCCGGACAUUUGAAAAACAAGGGCAACCUGUAUUCAUACGGAAGCACGCUAUUGAUACUAUUGGCAAGAUAUCACGGCAAGUCAAUCUGAACGACUAUGCGGCGAAGAUCAUUCAUCCGCUCACCCGAGUGCUUGAAAGCGGCGACCCUGCUCUACGGGUGACGGCACUUGAUACACUCUGCGCUUUGAUACAGCAACUUGGAAAAGACUAUGUGCAUUUUAUGCGCACGGUCAAUAAAGUCAUCACUCAGCACCAGAUACAGCAUCAAAACUAUGAACUUCUUGUGAGCAAGCUUCAAAAGGGGGAAGUGUUGCCACAAGAUUUGACAUCCGAGUCACGAUAUGCUGAUAUUGCAGAUGAAACACAAUUCGCGGAUCUGGGAACUAAGAAACUGGAGAUGAACGCAAUCCAUCUGAAGGCGGCUUGGGACACAAGAGGGAAAUCCACAAAGGAGGAUUGGCAAGAGUGGCUCAGGCGGUUCAGCACGACCUUACUGACAGAGUCGCCAAAUCAUGCACUUCGUGCCUGCGCAAGCUUAGCUAGCGUUUAUUUGCCAUUGGCCCGUGAGCUCUUCAACUCAGCAUUCGUGUCUUGCUGGAGUGAGCUGUACGAACAGUUUCAAGAUGAGCUGAUACAGAACAUCGAGAGUGCCAUCAAGUCCGAGAAUGUUCCACCUGACCUGUUGGGAUUGCUUUUGAACCUUGCUGAGUUUAUGGAACACGACGACAAGGCGCUUCCGAUUGAUAUCAGGGUUCUCGGACGAGAAGCCGGCAGAUGUCAUGCAUACGCCAAGGCACUUCACUACAAAGAACUGGAGUUCCUGCAAGAUCAAAGUAGCGGCGCUGUUGAGGCGCUUAUUGUCAUCAACAACCAGCUUCAGCAGUCUGAUGCCGCCAUCGGUAUUUUACGGAAAGCUCAGCUGUAUAAGGAAGGCAUACAGCUUCGUGAAACCUGGUUCGAAAAGCUUGAGAGAUGGGAAGAGGCUCUAGCCUUUUACAACAAACGUGAACGAGAGAUCCCUGCCGACCAAGCCACCCCAAUUGAAAUCGUCAUGGGCAAAAUGAGAUGUCUGCAUGCCCUCGGGGAAUGGGAUGCGCUUGCCAGCCUCACCGGCAGCACCUGGGUUAACUCGGCUCCUGAGGUGCAGCGGAUGAUUGCGCCGCUCGCCACCGCCGCUGCAUGGGGGCAAAAUAAAUGGGAUCACAUGGACAACUAUCUGUCGUCUCUUAAACGGCACUCGCCAGACAGGUCCUUCUUUGGUGCCAUUCUUGCACUCCACAGAAACCAGUUUCGUGAGGCUGUUGCGUGUAUCGAGCAGGCUCGAGAGGGUCUGGACACGGAGUUGAGUGCCCUUGUCAGCGAGUCUUACAACCGAGCAUAUCAGGUUGUCGUCCGAGUCCAGAUGCUUGCGGAGUUGGAAGAGCUUAUUGUUUACAAGCAGUGUGACGAAAAGAAACAGGCAACAAUGCGCAAAACUUGGGAGACAAGAUUACAGGGAUGUCAGCGCAACGUUGAGGUGUGGCACAGGAUGCUACGGCUGAGAGCCUUGGUCAUCUCACCAGCGGAGAACAUGCGCAUGUGGAUCAAGUUUGCCAAUCUUUGCCGCAAAUCUGGCCGCAUGGGACUGGCUGAGAAGUCCCUGAAACAGCUCAUUGGCACCGAUGCUCCGUUGGAGACAAUAAUUCCGUACUGGCCGGACAAUAGGAGCGAGAGGUCGGGCUCUACGCCGCCGCGGAACAUCCCUGCCCAAGUAACGUACGCUAUGCUCAAGUAUGAGUGGGAACUUGGCCAACAGCCGCUUGGAAGGCGACAGGGCAUUUCAGAGAGGACGCUGUAUUGCCUGCAGAGGUUUACAAACGAAACCGCGCACCGACUGGAUGUGGCCAAGGCUCACCUUGCUGCUCAGGCUGGCAGCACUGAUGGCAAUCUUCCAACGGACUAUGGAAUCCAGGGGCAGAUAGACCCGUCCCUGAUGAGCCCGCAGACUCAACGGGCCUUGUAUGACCAGACCGUUUUGCUGGCGAAAUGCUAUCUGCGCCAAGGAGAGUGGCUGAUUGCCUUGAAUAAGAAUGAUUGGCAGCAUAGCAAGGUACACGAAAUCCUGAAUUCGUAUUCCCAAGCAACCAAAUACAACCCGCGAUGGUAUAAAGCUUGGCACGCUUGGGCAUUGGCAAAUUUUGAAAUUGUCCAGACCUUGUCUGCCAGGAAUGAGAGCCAGCUAUCCAGAGCAGACCAAACGCUGCUUAUCGAGCACGUGGUCCCUGCCAUUCAGGGAUUCUUCAAGUCGAUUGCUCUCUCAGUCGGCAGCUCCCUCCAAGAUACGCUCCGUCUGCUAACUAUGUGGUUCUCGCACGGCGGCAGCGCCGAGGUCAAUGCAGCCGUCAUGGAAGGCAUUAGCAACGUCUCUGUGGACACUUGGCUGGAAGUCAUUCCACAGCUCAUUGCUCGAAUCAACCAGCCUAACAAGCGGGUGCAACAGGCUGUGCAUAACCUACUAGCCGACGUUGGCAGAGCCCAUCCUCAAGCGCUCGUAUAUCCCUUGACAGUGGCUAUGAAAUCAUGGAAGAAUACAAGGAGGUCGCGCUCCGCCGCGCAAAUAAUGGAUAGCAUGAGACAGCACAGUGCCAACCUGGUGGCUCAAGCCGACAUCGUCUCCCAUGAGCUUAUUCGCGUUGCAGUCCUCUGGCACGAGCUUUGGCACGAAGGACUCGAGGAAGCCUCGCGACUUUAUUUCGGUGACCACAAUAUUGAGGGCAUGUUCGGAUGUCUUGGCCCUCUGCACGAUCUUCUGGAGCGUGGACCCGAGACGUUGCGUGAGAUUUCAUUUGCGCAAGCCUUUGGACGCGACUUGAAGGAAGCACAUGAGUGGUGCCGCCAGUACGAAAGUUCCAAGGAUGUGAAUGACCUCAACCAGGCCUGGGAUCUCUAUUAUCAGGUGUUCCGGAGGGUCUCUAGGCAGCUGCCGCAGGUCACCAGCCUUGAGCUCACGUACUGCUCACCAAAGCUCCUCAACUGCAAGGACCUGGAUCUCGCAGUUCCCGGGACCUACAAGAGUGGCCAGCCAGUCGUCAGAAUAAUGUCAUUUGAUACCACUCUCAGUGUCAUCAAUUCUAAACAACGCCCACGAAAACUCAUACUCAGCGGCAGCGAUGGCGUGUCGUACGGUUUCCUCCUCAAAGGUCAUGAAGAUAUCAGGCAGGAUGAGCGAGUCAUGCAACUCUUUGGUCUCUGCAAUACUCUGCUGGCCAACGACUCUGAGUGUUCCAAACGACAUCUCAACAUUCAGCGUUAUCCUGCCAUUCCACUGUCGCAGAACUCGGGUCUUUUCGGUUGGCUGCCAAACACUGAUACUCUUCACAUCCUCAUUCGGGAGUAUCGUGAAAGCCGCAAGAUCCUUCUCAACAUUGAGCAUCGCAUCAUGCUGCAAAUGGCACCGGAUUAUGACAAUCUCACCUUGAUGCAGAAGGUAGAGGUAUUCGGCUAUGCGCUUGACAACACGACUGGCCAGGAUCUGUACCGCGUCCUGUGGUUGAAAUCUAAAUCGUCUGAAGCAUGGCUCGAACGGCGAACCAACUACACUCGUUCUUUGGGUGUCAUGUCGAUGGUCGGCUACAUUCUUGGCCUGGGUGACAGGCACCCUUCAAACCUCAUGCUUGAUCGUAUAACAGGCAAAAUCAUUCACAUCGAUUUCGGUGACUGUUUUGAGGUGGCGAUGAAGCGAGAAAAGUAUCCCGAGAAGGUUCCGUUCCGGUUGACUCGCAUGUUGACGUACGCCAUGGAAGUCAGCAAUAUCGAAGGAAGCUUCCGCAUCACAUGUGAGCAUGUUAUGCGGGUGUUGAGGGAGAAUAAAGAAAGCGUCUUGGCUGUCUUGGAAGCAUUCAUCCACGAUCCUCUCCUGACAUGGCGCUUGACAAGCACGGCUUCCCCUGCUGGACCCAAUUUCCAGUCUGAGCGCGAAGUAGCUCUCGCGGGCCCAACCGUAGGCCGUGCUCGCCGACAUUCCAUUUUGAACGCAGAUGUUGCGCCGUCUGAGCUUCUUGCUAAUGGAGAACCGUCGGGGCCACCUGCGUCUAGGGCAAGAGCGCGCACCAACAGCUCGGCGGCCCCCGAUGGUAAUGCCGUCAACGGCGCGCAGGAGACGGAGAGCCGAAAUGCCAGAGCGGUGGAGGUGCUGGACCGUGUGCAACAGAAGCUCACCGGCCGAGACUUUAAGAAUAACGAGGAGUUGGAUGUGAUCAGUCAGGUCAGCAAGCUGAUUGUUGAGGCUACGAAACUUGAGAACCUUUGUCAACACUACAUCGGCUGGUGUAGCUUCUGGUAA